AUGUCUUCUUCUUACCACCCGCAAACGGAUGGCCAGACCAAGCGAGUUAACCGCACCCUUGAACAGAUGCUACGCACGUACAUCCAGGCAGAUGAGCGGGAGUGGGAAGGCCUGCUGCCUGCCUUGGAGCUAGCCUAUAACACCACCAGUCAUUCCUCUACUGAGCUUUCCCCUUUCGAAAUCAUGAUUGGGGAGAAUCCCUUAACCGCGGCGGACCUAGACAUUGUUGGUGCUUUGACUCCUACGCUCACUCCCCCUAUGACGAAACUCUUCCGGCAGCUCCGCGAUCGCGCACAGAGCCACAUCCUCCAGGCAAAGUGGCGUCAGAAAUACUACGCUGACGCCCGCCGCAGGGCUGUGGAAUACAAGGUGGGCGACCAAGUCUGGCUGAGUGGCAAACACUUACCUGCUCUUAACCAUUGUUCUAAGUUUGAACCUAAAUACCGUGGGCCCUUCACAGUGACCGAACGCAUUGGCGAGGUCGCUUACCGUCUUGCUUUGCCCCCCACAUACGAGGGACACAAUGUUUUUCAUGUUUCACAAUUGGUCCCACAUCAUCCCCGCGAUCCCGCUUUAGUUCCACACGAAGCUCCAAUGGCCACCAACACGCGAUGA